AUGAGCGAUAACGAAGAAACAAAGAAUGAACCAGUAAUCCAUUUGAAGGUUCCUACUGAAAUUCACAGGGAUACCAUCAAGCGAAGAGGAAUGUUUGCAAAGCGUGACAAAACGGAAGCAUCGUCUCGAAGACUCUUGAUUGCUGAUUCAGUUGACGAUGUUCUGUAUCCGCCACCUGCUCCAGUUAGAAUGGCGCAAAAUUACACGCCCAUUGCAAAGGAAGUCAAGACUGUAGAUUCCGCCAAAAUUGAUGAAAGUGGAAGGAGCGUAGUUAGCGAGUUGACACUUGAUGCAUCUGCAAGAACACGCGGCGUUGAUGCAUCAGCAAGGACUAUUGACAGCUCUAAUAGAACAGAACCCUCUUCUAAUGUCGUCAGGCAAAGAAAAGCACCGAAGGCCAAGUCGCCCAAGCAAAAGACCAAGAAGACAGUGAAACCUAAGAAAUCAGCAUCUGGAGAUGAUGAGGAUGAUGAUGAUGAUGACUCAGUAAGCGUCCUCAGCGACGAGUUAUCUACGAUCAGCGAGAAACGUUCCAAGAAGAAUGGCUCCAGUCGAUCUCUAUCCUCCACGUCGUCUAAGAAGUCGGCAACAAAGAAGAAGAAAAAGACGUCAAAGGCCAAUCGAAGAGCAUCUAUGAAGAGUAUGGGAAGUUGUGAAUCCAUCGACGAACUCACCGUCACUAGUGGAGAAAUGUCGUUUGACGGCUUGUCGCUAGCUGAUUCGAUCACUGCUGAUUCUGGAAGUGCCGAUGCGCCAGUUUCCUCCAGGUCGGCGGCCACUACGGAUUCGUCUCGACGAUCGCACAAGUCCAAGAAGUCAAGUAGUGCUACAUCCAGGCGCAGUUCCACUGGCGAAAUCAGCAAGUCCUCCAAAAAGUCCAAGGGAUCCAAGAAAUCGAGCAAGGGAUCUGUUCCCAUGGUCAUAGGAUCUGGCUGUGGUGGGGAUACGGACGAAGUCUCAGAAGUUGGAGAGAAGCCACCAAGUCUGAUGAAUUCGACACUAUCCGAUGGCGGUGCUGAUACCAAUGCACAAGAAAGCGCAGUCCUAUCACAGGGAUUACAAGCCCUGGGACAAUUUUAUGAAUAA